AUGGAGCUUCAGAAAAAUGGUGCUGACCAUCUGGGCCUCCUGGUGCAACCCUUUUGGGGUUCGCAUCAAGCGACCUUCUUUUAUAAUAUUCAAGAUCAGACACUUUUAACCCUAACAUUCGAAGCAAAAGUUGGCUUGAAUUGUUGGUUUGCACCUCCUGAUCAUUGGCUUCUGCCGUUCGAUAUUCCUUAUUCCUGCUACCAUCGACGAUCUUCAUCAAACCAUCAACCAUCGAUCAAUGAUCAGGAAGAUAAAGAGUAUGCUAAGUUUAAGGAUAAGAAUUUGGAUGUAUAUCAGACAUAUUACGAGGCUUUAUUUCGGGAUACCGUAACUGUUGGAGACAAGGCUAAGCUACCUUGCAAAUUCGGCAAUGGUAGCACUCUGGAUGAUGUACAGUUUGUAGAUAUUACAGAUGGAAAAGUGGAUACUGACGAAGUCCGCUUAUUUGAAGAUGUUGAUCCUUUUCUAACAUAUGAUAGUUCUAGUAUGAAAAGGAGGGGAAAGAAGUUAACUCCUAGGCGUGACAACAAAAGAAAAUUUGAAGGGAAAAAUGAAGGAAAAAGUAUGGCAUGCUUGUCAUAUGAAGAGAAUCUGGACACUGUUUUUGAUGUUUUGUUAACAAGGAGCACUCAACCCUCUAGAGAAACCACACAGUCACCCAUAACAGAAGAUUGCAUGGCAAUUGUCUCUACUUUCCAGGGUUUUGAAGAAGGCUCAGUAGGAUAUUUAGAAGCAUUAGAGGUCUUAUUAAAGAAGCCAUCUUGUUAG